CCUCAAAGAUUCCAGGCAACCCGCUGGCCCGGGACGCGCCUUAACGGGUCCGCGGGCGCGGCCGCCCCGGAAAUGACGCUCUGCCCCGCUGGCCGUGCGGAAGUGGAGAUGGCGGAGCUGUACGUGAAGCCGGGUAACAAGGAGCGCGGCUGGAACGAUCCACCGCAGUUCUCUUACGGGCUGCAGACCCAGGCUAGCGGACCCAAGCGCACGCCGCUCACCAAAAGGGUCGCUGCUCCGCAGGAUGGAUCCCCCAGAGUCCCCACCUCAGAGACUUCUCCUGGGCUCCCCCCAAUGGGGCCUCCACCUCCUUCAAGUAAAGCUUCCAGGCCCCCACCUGUGGGGAGUUGUCCUGCCCCCUGUGUGGAGCCCAUGAGUUUACCAGUCAUCGAGUCUGAGGCUCUGUUGGAGGAUGUGUUGAGACCUUUGGAGCAGACAUUGGAGGACUGCCGUGGCCACACAAGGAAGCAGGUAUGUGAUGACAUCAGCCGCCGCCUGGCACUUCUGCAGGAACAGUGGGCUAGUGGGAAGUUAUCAAUGCCUGUUAAGAAGAGGAUGGCUCUGCUGGUGCAAGAGCUAUCAAGCCACCAAUGGGAUGCAGCAGAUGACAUCCAUCGCUCACUCAUGGUCGACCAUGUGACUGAGGUCAGUCAGUGGAUGGUGGGAGUUAAAAGACUGAUUGCAGAAAAGAGGAGUCUGUCUUCAGAAGCGGCCAAUGAAGAGAAAUCUGCAACUACAGAUGAGGAAAACCAGGCCAUACCAGGCUUCCAAUAGGCUCCAUAAUCCUGGGUGUUCCCCAUACUUGCCUCAUACCAUCUCCUGUACCUUGAUAUAGGAGGCCUUCUCUCACUUGGCUCCCUCUUACCACCAAAGAGACAAUCUGUCUCCCUGGGGCCUCACCCACCUCUGUGCAAAGAGGUCCCACCUGGGCCACAAGAAGGUCACUUGUUACCCAUAACAUAUACAUUUCAAUAAAAACAUCUCAAAGGCAGGCCCUGGGUAGAAGAGAUGGCCCUUCCUAUACCAUACGGCUCCCUUCUGGUGUUUUUGACCGCCCUGUUCCACACACACUCUGCGAACUUGUUUUCCUUCCUCUGUUCAUCAUGAAGACUUUGCUGGGCAUUGUCCCCAAAUCACACUGAAAAGCACAUCCUUUUCUGGGCAGAGCACCCAUAUCUAUGGAUGAUUUUGUUUCAGCAAGAGAACAUUCAAAUAGCAUGGGGAAACUUCCCUCAAGAAAAGGCAAGACUGUCUUGUGUGCACUAUAUUACCCUUUGAAUGUACACAGGUACUACAGAGAUCAGGACCACAGUGAGUGGGAUUUCUGCCAUAUAGAUUGAAGGAGGAAAAAAAAAAAAUAUUACUAAGCCUU